AUGCACUACUAUCUUUCCAGUGCAUCACCGUCUGCAUCAGUUGAACAUACCGCGUCGCGCGCUCUAGCCGUGCUCGGUCACGAUCCUAUAAGCAUAAGUAGCAUACUUAUCCCUAUGGCACUGGCAGAUUCCUCUCCCUCCUCCACAGCGGUUCGCCAAGCCCUACUUGGCCUUUCGUCGCUGCACCGCUACGGUGUACAAGCCCAAGCCUUCGAGUUCAAGAUCUCCGCCAUAAAUUCUCUAAAAGCGGCUUCGUUUACCAGUAUUGGUGCCGCAGAAGCGCUGCAGCAUAUCGCCGCCGGCAUGCUCUUAUGUUCGUUUGAAAUCCAUAGAGCUUCGUGCACCUCAUCCCAAUGGCACUUUUUUAUCAAUGGGGUGAGACAGGUGCUCUACGCCUCGGUCCUGAAUUUCAAAUGGAACAGCGUCAUUAGUACCAUGAUGGACUGGGUAUUCUACUACCAUUCUAUGGGGCGGUUUAGUACUCUGCACUGGCGGCCUCCCCUGCACACUGAGUACUGUCCAUCGGUCAACUGCUGGAGCGUCCGUUUUCCCUCGUUUCCUUGCCCUAAUCAUCAUCCCCUAACUCUAUAUCAGGUCUCACAGCUGACGCCGUCUCCAACCAACACCCUACUCAUCCUACUCAACCUGGGCUACCAGAUAUUUGCUUCAAUCCCCGAAUCUGUUCCAGCCGGAAUCCUGCAAAACCUAGGUUGGGAACUCCAGAAUCUCCCCCUCCCUGAUACCCCAGAUCCCACUUUCGAACUCUUCUACCUUUCAAUCUUCGUCUACUUCAACCGCAUGACAGCCUACGCCCUUGAACCCAGAUCUACCAACCAGACCCGGAUCCAGCGCGCGCUCACCAUCUUUGCCACUCUCGACUCCUGUCCCCGGCAGUUCCCGCUGUUGAUUAUCGGCUGCGAAGCCCGCACGGACGAUGAUCGGUGUACUGUUCUUGAGCUUAUCGAUCGGACAGAGAAAACGGCGUCCUCAAGGUCUGUAGAUAUCCUAAGCGCACUGAUAAAGGCAGUUUGGGUGCAGGAUGAUCUUGCAGGAGACCGGGAGUUGAAUUAUCGGGAGAAGAUGACUGCACUCAUUAGUGUUUGCUCGCUUAUGCCAAUGUUUGUUUAA